GGCCGCGAGUAAUACUGAACGCUGAUUGGUGGAGAAAGGGAGCUGACAUCACAACAACCAACAUGGCGGACCGCUUGUCGCAGCUCCAGGACGCUGUCAACCAGCAAGCAGAGAAUCUGUACAACAGCAUUGGGUGUCUCUUCAAUUCUUCAGCUCCAUGCAGCUUUGAUAAAAGUGGCAAGACUCCAUCACAAAAUGAAAAUCCUGAUGACAUGAUUGAACACAAGAGAGUAUUUGCAACUGUGAUUGCACGGAAUGCCAAAGAUAUAGAUGCCCUGAUUGAAUCAUUACCAUCAGAGGAUUCUUCUGCUGAACUUCAGACAGCAAGUAUGCGGGUGUUAGAACAAGAAGGGGAGGAGGCUGCCCAGAGACUCCAGCGAGGUAUUGACCGAGGUGAUAAAUUGUUAGAAGAAAUUAAUAGAGCACUUACUGAGAUUGCUAAUACUCAGUUGGCAAUUAACCGUAUUACAGAAGCUUCGCAGGGAGAUACAAUUAAGAUAUGAAAAUUUCUAGUGCAGCACUUCAAAUAUUGUGCAGUGUGCAUAUAUUAAGAUAUAUCCUGAAAUUGUCAGGUACUUUUGUAUUUAUGACCCAAUCAUUAUGUGAGUACCUGUGUCUCCCUGUUUGUGGAAGAUGUUAUAAUAAUAAGCUCAUUCCCAAGUUUGACUAUAAAAAUUUAUUUGUGAACUUGGCAGUAAUACGAUAGCUAUACUGUUGUGAAUAUUUAAAAUAUAUUCACUAUAUAUUUUGUUGACUGAUGCAUUUAGAUCUUCAGUGUUAGGAAAUCCUUUUCAUUUAUAUGAUCAUUAUUUUUUAUAAGUAGAAUACAGUGAUAUCUCCGGUAGCCAGAACAAUUGGUGCAGAGCACUUCCGGGAAUGAGAGAUUUCCGGAUAACAAGACGACUCUCAAAGCCAGAAAAAAAAAUCCCUCAUCCCCAGAAUUUUCCUGGUAAUGGAAAAAAUUUCUUGGAAGUUCCAGAAUGAGGCAUUAUUUCAUAUCUCGAACCCGGAAAAAAGUCCCUCAUCCUCGUAAUUUUCCGGGUAACUGAAAAAUUUCUCAAAAGUUUCAGAAUGAUGCAUUACAUCAUCUCUCAAACCCACAAAACUGUCUCCCAUCCCCAGAAUUUUCCGGGUACCGGAAUUUUUUUUCGGAAUUUCCAGAAAAUGCCCCUGAUUUUCAUCUCUCAAAGCCGGAAAAAUAUUCCCCCUUCCUUGGAAUUUUCCGGGUACUGGGAAAAAUUUAUUGAAAUUUUCCAUAAAAUGUGCCCCUCAGAAAAUCGUUCCCAACGCCGGAGUUUUCCCGAAUAUUCCGGGUAUCGGAGAGUUCUGGGUUUGAGGGAUUCCGGCUAACGGAGAUAUUAAUGUAAUCAUUUAUUUAUGCAGAACAUUGUUACUGGACUCAUUUGUUUUAUUAAUUUUUGGGGGGGAACUAGCCUCCUCGUUUCUACACAUUGUAGAGAGUGGAGCAGUCUUAUGUUUUGAACUUAUGCUGUUACCAGUGAUAUUAUCUAAGUUUGUAUGGUAUUCCUUGAGAUAGCAUUGAUGAAUAAGCUACUUUCCUUAGAGAAAUCAAACUGAAGAAAUAGUGUUCCUUGUCCAUUGGUUUGGAUCAAAAGCACAUAAAUGUAGCCAAUUUGAGUUCUAACUUGAGUGUUACCAUCAUAGCAGUGAUCACUGGUCUGUUACUGCUAAAAUUAGGCAAACGUUGAUGAUUAUUGGUAAUAGCAUUUGAAGGGAAGGGGUGAUUUUUUUUUUUCAUUUUGUAAAUCCUAAUGGUUCUUUGGGCUUAAACCUAAAACUAGGAAACACUUUUUCUUCUGCAAAAUCUUCAUCAGAGGCAUAGUUAAGGAGAAAAAACUGUUACUAACAUUAAGAAAAAAUUCUAAACAUAUUUUCCUAGUGAGUGCUUUUAUUUGCAUUUUUAAUAGGUUUACCAUUUACAAUUUAUAAAAACUAGUAAAUGAAAUAUUGAAGGUAAAGAAAGGAUAUAUGAUGAUACCAGAGCUGUAUUAGACAUUUAAAAGUAUUGUAUUAUUGGUACAGUCAGUAAGUAAGUAUUGAUCACCCCAAUGUCGAUGGAAUAGGAAAUAAUCGAUAACAACCAAAUGACUCCGGUAACCAAAGGCAUACAUUUACAGUUUUUCCAUGAUGUUUCAUAUUUUUAUGCAUGGUGGGGUGGUCGAUACUUUUUUAUUGCCUGUACAUAGGUCUUGUUUUGAUGGAUGCUCAGUUUAUUGCCACAAAUAACAAACAACUUCUCACUUCAACAUUGUGAUCUGCCAUCUGCCACAUAAUUUUUUAGUGUACGAGGUCUGUCCGGAAAGUGUCCAGCCAUUGUGAAUAUUGUGAGAACUGGUCGCGCGGCCUUGAUGUAACUUGGCAGCCACUCAGAGAGGACCGUACUGCACAUGCGUGAACAGCCACACUCCCGUGGGACAACUCAGAUGCCCGGCAGACGCCGUUGAGUGAGCAUGGGUACCGUGUGACCGUCGCAUUUACAAUGACCAAACAUUAACGAAGGAGUAAUACAUCGAAGUUCUUCGCCGGCUGAGGGAUGCGAUAAGAAGAAAAUGACCGCAGCUGAGGGCAAGUGGUGACUGGCAGCUUCAUCAUGACAAUGCGCCUGUCCAUUCUUCACGUCUCGUACAGGGUUUUUUGGCAAAACACCGCAUCACCCAGGUCUCUCAGCACCCCUACAGCCCAGAUUUGGCUCCCUGCGACUUCUGGCUUUUCUCAAAGCUAAAAUCGCCAUUGAAAGGAAGGAGAUUUCAGACCGUGAACGAGAUUAAGGAGAAUGCGACAAGGCAGCUGAUGAAGAUCCCGAAAGAGGACUGUUUUGAAAAGUGGAAGAGACGCUGGGAGAAGUGUGUGAGGUCCCAAGGGGAGUACUUUGAAGGGGACUAAGGCGCCAUUGUCCUAGGUAAGCAAUAUUUUUUUAAUAAUAAAUGGCUGGAUACUUUCCGGACUGACCUCGUGUACAGUACAGUGUUAUAUCCGUUAGGUGGAACAAUUGGUGCAGAACACUUCAGCCAAUGGGAAAUUUCUGGGUAACAAGGCGACUCUCAAAGCAGUAAACAAUCCCUCCUCCCAGGAAUUUUCCAGGUAAUGGAAAAAUUUUCUUUGAAGUUCCAUAAUGGUGCAUUACGUCAUCUCUUGAACCUGGAAAAAUAUCUCCCAUCCCCGGAAUUUUCCAGGUACCGGAAAAUUUCUCUCACAAUUUCCGAAAAUGCACCUGAUUUUUAUCUCUCAAGCCUGGAAACAAAUCCCUCCUCCCCGGAAUUUUCCGAGUACAGGGUACUAGGAAAAUUUCCCAGAAAAUGUGCCCCUCGGAAAUUCUUUCCCAAAAGCAGAAUUCCUGGAAAAUUACAGCUUUGGUAAUGAUUUUCCGAGAAAAUUUCAAUUCCGGUUAUCGGAGAGUUCCGGGUUUGGGGCAUUCCAGCUAACGGAGAUAUUAUUUUAGAAUACUGUACUGUAUAUGAAAUUACAAAAAAAACAGUUGUGUACCAGUUUUAGUUAUUGUGUGAUAUCAUGUCAAUAUGACUUUUCUAUACCCAAGAAUACAUUUAACAUUGUCACGAUAUGAUUUAAGAACCAUUACUUCAUGUCACACAUUUAGCCCUUGGCAGAAAUUAUACAGUGGUUGAAGAUCUUGCCCACAUUGUUGAGGUGCAUACAUCUGAAUUGAGUUCUUGAUUUGGAUUUCUUUCUGAGCCUUAUUCAUUAGCAACAUUGAGAGCAACGUACUACAGUACUUCUAUUCAUUAGGGACAAGCAUGUCCACCUUAUGUGUACUUCUUAAGAGUCUCAUAAAUAAUAUACCUUGUGGUACAGGUGUGGUUGCCACUAGUAUACAGUCAAUAACCUGUCUGCAACCUUCUUGGAGUGUGUGUGUUUGUGUGUGUGUGUUCUCUUGAGUACUGAGGAUUAAGAAUGUAAAGCAUGAAAAAAUCUAUGAUAAUUUUGAUAUCUGCUGGAUUUGGACAAUUGUUUAUUGGUAAUAUAUUAUUAUAUAUUUAUAUACUGUACCUGUAUUCAGUUUAUCCAAGGAUGAAAUAUUUAUUUUUUCAUUAUUCAGUAUUUAGCCAUUAUAAUAUACUGUACAGUAUUUCAUUCACAAAGUGGGUAAUAUUUGCUGAGUCUUUGUCAUACUCCUCCUGUCCUACCCCCGACAACACAUUUUUUCUCUUUCACUUAUGUUUUCAGUGUCAUCUCCCCGUCACCAUUUUUCAGUCCUUUUGAUAUCCAUAUUACCAGCUAUGACAUUCCUUUUUCCCUUAAGGGGAUCGUCGGCUUAGAUCGAUGAAAAAUGAAAAAAAAAUAUCAUAAACAGUGAAAAAAUUACUGAGCAAAGGUGCUGCCUAUGGCCAUAUGUGAAUGGAGUUUUAUAGUGAUAUUCAUAAUAUUUAUGCAGCUAUGUAUGGUUCCCUCCCCCCCCCACAUCCACCCACCUUUCCACAUCCCCUUGGGUAGACAUAUGAAUGAUCGUGGUAAAGUAUUUUCUCCCAAAUUACGAUUAAAUAGCACAAAAUUUUUUUUAGAAAUUCAUUUCAGGCAACUCUCUUUCUCUCUGGCAAGUAGAGGGAAGCAAGACAGAAGAUUAGUCAGGAGGUCCCAGGCCUUGUCAAGGAGAGGUGUGUACUCUGCUGCACCGCUCAUUUUACCUCACUUGUAUUGCUGUACCAGCCUUCUCUCCUCGAAUACGAGGAUGGCAUGUGAUUCAAAACAUAAAA